UUAGUCGUAGUAACAGGUGCAUUUGCGACGAUUGGUGAGAGAGAUGGAGUGAAUUUUAAUAAAUAAAACACGAAAAGAGAUUUGUCAAAGUGUGUGUGAACUAUUUUAAUAUUCAUGCACCACUUUGAAGUAGUGUGACGCAAGAAAAGAAGUAGUAGUGGAUUCCUUAUUAUUUAACAAUUUCGGGCAUAUUUUGGCCUGAAAAGUGACACGAACGGAUAUCAUUUUGUGUCCAUUUCGACCAGAUUUUAGGACUCGUUUCCAAUAAAAGUGCGUGAAUUUGGGGAGUGAAUUGUUCCAAAAUUUGCUGAAAACUAAAUUGUGACCAUUGUGAAAAUAUUCCAAAAAUAAGAAAUUCAAUAUUGGGAGUGAAUUGUUCUAAAAUUUAGCGAAAUUAUACGGAAAUAUUCCAAUAAUAGCAAAUUCAAUAUCCCAUUAAUCCUGUAAUAUUAUGUGAACUGCCAAUUACCGUGUUAUCAUCAUCUUCCGUGUGAACUUAUCUACCCUGACCGGACGAUAUUCCCAUGAUAUAAGAUACCUACCUACACAAGUAUUUUACUUUAUCGUCCCUCUGACACAAAUAAAUUUGUUUUCGUCGUUCCUUCUCUUCCCAUCACAUCAAUCAGUCGGAUUGUCAAUUCUUUAUUGUAUGGAAAUUAGAUUGGAUGGGACGACGAAGAUGAGUUUCUUCUCCUGUAAUCAAAGAAAAUAAAUGAGCUUGUUCAUUUAUCGUGCAAGUGGAAGUGUACACGGGAACAAACUAUGUAUCAACAUGAUACAAAAUUGAUUUUAUGAAGCGACCGCAAUAAUUCUAGGAUUGAUUGGUACUUAUCAUUCAUCAUCUAAUCUGAGAAGAAGUGUAAUUAUUGCCAGAAAUAAAUCUAGGCAUCUUACUUAUCUAAAUAUCUCUAUCGUUCAUUAAUACAUCAAGAGGACAAACCUUGGCCAACUUCGUUUAAGAUAUGUUAAUGAAGCCAUUAGAAAUAUCAAUUACUUUAGACUGUUUCAGUGUAAACGCUGUUAUCAUCGUCACGUAUCUGCUGCAAAUAACUGACUGAAGUUAGAUAUAUUUUAACAUUGUUUUAUUAACGCAUUGGUGGAAAUUUAACCGUUGAUCCUGUAACAAAUUGAGAGAGAUACGGAUGACGACAAGGAAAAAUACGUGCGCACGCAUGAAUCACUGCUCGCUCGAGUUAUUAUCUGACUGAAACUCGAAGUUCCUGAAUGAAUCACAACACCUCAGCAUCGCCGUGUGUACCGGCAAGGAAAUAAACCUGCUAAUCGUGACAAUACUGCUGUUCUGUUGCAACAUUAUCAAAUCGUGCCUGUCACGUGGACAAAUCUAACUUCAUCCCAAUCCUACACCUGUGAUGAGAUCAUCCUUGACUUUGGGCGCAGUAUGUGUACGACGAGCUCUUAUAAUAAAGCCUCACCUUGAUUCUUAGGUCAAUAAAGGAGAAAUGCAAAAAUAUUGACGACAGGUGCAGAAUCAGGAUUGAACACUUCUCGUCGUCUCAUCGCUGCUACUACGAACAGGAAAAUAGUUUUAAUAUCUAAAACUCGCAGGACAAGUUUCUUUCUACGUGCGAACCUUGGACGACCAAGUAUUUGACGUAAUUGUGCAAAGCAAAGCAAACUCAGGAGGACGUGUAAAGUAAUAAUAUCCCUUCAUUCAAUUAUUACUAUUGUAAAGCCUGGGAAAGUGGAAGACAGACAAUAGUAUAGUGCUCGAAUUUUUACACGAGUUAAUUGCGCGUAAAAAUAUUGCAAAAUUGUGCGACGUGACAGUUAAAUAUUCACACCACCACGAAAGACAAUACAUCACGGAUUAUUAACGGAUUAUCAAGUUUUUGCCGCUAUACAAGUAGCAAUUUACAAGAAAAAAAUGAAUCCCAAAAAUAAAUCCAUCACUUCCCUCAACAACUUAUCAUCAAGACAAAUCAUGGAACAAGACGAGGACGACGGUCAAAGUGUGUCAUCAUGUGGGAUCGACCUGGAAAAUAUGCACCCCCCGACGACCCCCGCCGCCGCCGCCGCCACAAAUAUGAACGGCCGAUCUCAACCCACCUUGUUGAGCAUGGUGCAUCAUAAAUGGAGAAAAAUUCUGAAACGUGAUUCCGCGGAAAUUACCCCGUCGGAUCCCUCCUUUAAGACGAUCUAUUUGGGAAACGUGGUCACGACUUGGGCGAAAGGGGAAGGUUGUCUGGAACGACCGGCGUCGGCAUUGUGGAAAAAUCAUUGCCAAGGCCGUGGAUCAAUUAAGAUGCUGAUUAGUACGGCUCCUUCCGGUCUGAAGGCGCAAACGAGGGAGCACGGACUGACGGAAUAUUGGGCGAAUAGAUUAACUUAUUGUGGAGUUCCGCCUGAUUAUCCUAAAUUGUUUUGUUGGAUUUACCGACAUGAAGGUCGAAAACUAAAGCAAGAACUUCGAUGUCAUGCGGUCCUCUGUUCGAAAGAAAUCCAAGCUCACAGACUUGCCAACUCCUUGAAGAAUAGACUUACCGAGGCGCUCUUUGACUUUAAGAAGGAAAAGAUUUUACGCCAGAAUGCCAGACUAUCCAUCGUAUCGAGCUUGUACAACACCUCAGCCACAAAGAGGAAAUUGGUACUGAUGAAUUCCAACUCGCAGAAUUAUAAGCCGCCACUCGAGAGAUCCAAGUCUGCCCCAAAACUCUCCUGCAUCGAAGAAUUCGAAGAGGAAGAGAACGAAGAAGACUAUGACGAUUCUCAAAUGACAAUCCCCGAAUAUGAAGCCGUCAAUGCCGUGACGACUUCUUAUCUUCCCUCCCAUCACCCCGAAGUAAACGGGGACCUGAGAAGGUCACCCUUAUCGGAAGAAUCCUCCUCCACUGAACCCCACAUCCCUCUCUCCUCCUCCGAAGAAGUCGUCGUCGAAACGAGUCCCAUCAGUCACCGGAAAUCGUACCCUCCUCCCACCCAAGUCAUUCACCACCCGGAAGGGUCCCGCCGUCCCCACACGAUUCCAAUGGAUGCCAAAUUGAACCUCCCCUACAUGACCGGGUACGACAAAGUCAUGCACCUCCUCGACAUGCCGGCUGGGGAUUCUCACCAACUUUUGUUGGACGACGAGGACCACGAUGACGACGACCAAUUCUCCUUUGCUGGCCGUAACUCUGACCCUGUCGCGUCUAGUCCGCCGGGGUCCGAUAGAGAUUCAGAGUCCGUAGUGGAUUCAAGUUGUGGGGAGGACGAGUAUAAUUCCAAAGUUGCGAGGAGGCGAAGGAGGAGGAGCAGUAGCUGCGAUCAGAAAAAUGACGACCGCGAGGAAGAAAUCAAUGAUAAUGUGAGUGACGAAAGUGGUUAUUCGGAAGAGGCCGUGGUCAACGUGAGGGGAGAAACGGAUCUUAAAAUGCAUCCCAGUGGGUCUCCAGUAAUCCAGAAGUCCAGUACAAAGAAUUUGUCCAGCAGUACAAUCAUAAUUAUGGGAGGAGCGAAUCAUCACGGCCCCAUGAUCACGGACCCCGCCGCCGCCAGAAAGACCAAGACCUCGACAACAACCACGUUCCGGUCGGACGACAACGGUGGCACGGCCGUCGCUACGACGUUGGUUGUUUAUGAUAAUUUGUGUUUUGAGAUCUGAAUUUCGAAAUUCUUGAGAAUGUUUCUGAAUGAUCAUUUUCCGAGUUUUAUUAAUUUUGAGUUUUUAUUUUAUUUACCACCCCACCGACUGUUGUUUAGUCUGUAUUUUUUGUCGCGUUGUUUUAUUUGAAUAUUAUGUAGUUAUUUAAUAGUCAACACUCGAAACUAUUGUACAACUCAUUACGUUAUGCGCAUAUAGAUAAUAAUAUGUAAGAUUAUUAUUUAAAUUUUCUAGGUUAUCUAGUACCGAUAAGGGGAUAUCAUAGGUACACACUUUCUUCCAGAAUUUUAAUCAUGUUUCAACGCGAUAAUCGUAUAUAUAAUAUGAAUACAUAAAUUGUUGCCUGCAAUAUGCGCAAUAUGCUUGAGAAUGACUGAACAUACUUAUCAUAAUUAUAUACAGUUAGCUUAAAAGAAGAUAAGAUAAAAGUGUAAUUAGGAAAAUUGUCUUGUCGGGAAAAGAUGCAAUACGUGUAUUACAUAAUCAUCAUUAGAAAAGAAGAAAAAACACAACAAACAAUCUUAUCUUAUCGUGGUGUAAUUUCUGUUUGUGAAAAAAGUGACAAAUUCAGGUUUAACUUUCCAAAAAUGUGUUACUUAUCAUAAUUCUUGACGCUGUACUUAUCAUCAAAUUAUUGUUCGUAUAUAUAUUUAGAGAUAACUUUACUUUGAAAGAAUAACGCUUAAAAAUGUUUUCACACUUUUGUUUGUUUCUUUCUUUUUUCUUGCGUUAAUGAUAAAAAUGUUCCUUAAAUGACUUCCUUUACAAUGAACAAAUCGAUAUACUUACUUAUAUAAUUUAUAAAUUAUUAAGCCAUCAUUAUAUAUGUAAUUAUGUUAUUAUUAGAGUUCUGAGAUUGUUAAUUAUUAAUUGAUAAGCUUUGAUUAGCCUGAGCAGACAUGAACAAAAUAUAUUUAGCCAACUAUAUCUUUGCAGAUUAAAGAGAUUGCGUUUAAAGAAAUAUGAAAAAAA